CUCUCUCUUUUCCUCUCUCCUCUUCUUACUAUUAUUAUUAUUGCCUACGGAGUACUCUUUGACCUCCCUCCUCUCGUGCCUCUCCAAAUUCCACCACCAAGAUCUCCACCACCACCACCACCACCACCUUCACCUUCUCCGCCGCCCGCCUUUCCCAGCCUCCCACAGCUCAUUCCUUCCCAUUCACCAGUUCCUGCACCGCGACUUCCCACUCUACCAACCCUGCCCACUUACAUCACAUCACAUCCUGCAUCAUCUACACCGACUUUGUCCUCGACUUCAUCAUUAUCAACGUCACUCCCUCGCCGAUUCCCUUGCGCCAGUCAUUGUCGAUUAUUUGUAACACAUUUGGUCCAUCUGCGCAUCAACCAGCUCCAGCCCGCCCACUUGCAUUUGGGCCACACAGCUCGAUCUUCCAGCAGAUCUUUUAGCAUCACAUCAACACUGGUGACAAUUCACCCGCCGCAGUCAUGACAGAGAAUAAACCAGGUGCUCCAGUCUACGAUAUCUCAUCCGGUGGUCAUUAUGGUGCAAGCGCUGCUUUAUCCGCUCAAGGCUACGUUCCACAUACUGAACUUUACUCUGGAUUAUGGUCAAAUAUUAAUCAAGGCCUGACGGGCCCCUCUCGUGAGAUCCUUGCCACCUAUUGGCAACAGACCAUCAACCACCUCGAAACCGAUACCCACGACUUCAAGAUUCAUCAGCUGCCACUUGCCCGUAUCAAGAAGGUCAUGAAGGCCGACCCCGAAGUCAAAAUGAUUUCCGCCGAGGCACCUAUCUUAUUCGCCAAAGGGUGCGAUAUCUUCAUCACAGAGUUGACCAUGCGUGCAUGGAUCCACGCCGAGGACAAUAAAAGAAGGACAUUGCAGAGAAGUGAUAUCGCUGCUGCCCUCGCAAAGAGUGACAUGUUUGAUUUCUUGAUUGACAUUGUCCCUCGAGAGGAAGGCGCUGGACACGGUGGCUCUUCGAAACGGCCAACCACCAGUGGUCAAGCGGCGCCCGCCCAGGUCCCCCAGCAACCCCAACAGCAGAUGCCACCGCCCGACUACGGUUUGCAACAUGGCAACAUGGGGCCUCCAGACAAUCAAUACGGCAGAUCCCAAAUGUACCCCGCCCAUAUGGGCGGCGAUGCCCAACAAGAUCCCAGCCAAGGAUACGGACAACCACAGCAGAUGUUUGGCGGAGGUGAACUCUACAACCCUUAUGCACCAGGUCAGUUUGGUGCUGGCGCACAACAGAUGUACUCCAACAUUCCGGGGCAACGGCCCCAAAGCCAAGGAUACGGCGGGGCCAGGCCGGGAACGGCUGGCCGAGAGCAGGUCAAUGAACAAGGUUAUGGGCCUGGCUAGGCGCUACAUGAUCUACCCACAGCCGAAUUCAAGAUUGAGGAAGAAACUCUAGAGGAAUGGAAGGCCCUGACUGAACUGAUGACUGGUGAUGCAGAGGUCAGCCCGUGAUCCGAGAGUCUCUCGAUUCUAUUUCGCCCUUUGCUUGCUUGGUAACUCCACAGUUCAGUCCUCAGUUCAUAUAUGUGGCCCCAACCCAGCCAGAAAAUGCCCCGAAUUCGGGACAAGCGCCGGACCAAUUUCGCGGCAAUCAAAAGGAUGAAAAGGGUCAAUAUAAGAGUGACAAUGGGAAAUGAUACCACAGGUCGAUGAUGACGUGCAUGAUUUGCCUUGACAUUAUCCUGUUCUUGCACGCAAUGUUCAAUAGAGGCAUGCUUAACUUUGCGAAAAACCAAAGUACAUGAAUUGAUAAAACCCACAACAUGAAGGUUGAUGUGUGCCCCAUAAU